CUAUAAAUGAAGAUGGAGCAGAAGACCACGUGCAUACAUCUCUGUGAAUCGGGUCGGCAAACACUCUUAAUCCAAGUUCAUACUUAUCGCGAAAACUUUGGUGACGAUGACAGUGAUGGUGUAUCUUAAAAAUAGUGCUGUGAAACUGAAAAAGUACAAUUUUCGUGUUUUUCUCUGAUUUUCUCUUCCGUAAGAAUACCUUCAGACAGAAUUUGAAUAAAUCUUCGUGAAUUUAUUUUUUCUACAUAAAAAAUCAGCAACUUCGUUGAACAACUGUGAAUGAUAUUAUAUUCUUCAAUAGCCAUGAGAGAUCUGAUAAGGAAUUACAAAAUGAUCAUCAAAGGAAAGAAUCAGGAUUCAGAUUCUGAUAACGAGCCAUUGAUGAGCUCUACUUCUUCCCAAGGAUAUGGUACUAGUGUUAGUAAAGGAGAACCGAGAAUGUUCAAACAAGAAAAUGACAGUACCGAGAGUGAUGAUGACCCUCCAAUAAAAGCAAAACCCUUCAUCAUACAAAAAAUCAAAAGUGAAAUAACGCCACAUAAUUUCUCUAAGGAAGAAAAAGUUUUUGACAGAAACCAUGAUAGCAUGUAUGAUUUGCUUCAGCAAUACUCAAAUUACGAUGAACUUCCCUCUGAAAGGACAAGUUUGUUGACAUCUACUUACAAGUAUGGUAUGGAAGAUAUUGUCAGUGUGGAACAAGCAGAGACACCAGAAAAACAUACGAAUAUUUCUGUCAUAACGAUUCGACGAAUUUUGUUUGACUUUUUUCAAGGUAUACCAGGAGCAAAUUUUGAUGUAGCCGACCUCUGUAGGCUUUUAAUAGGACAAUGGGCUGUAAUCGUAUCAAAAAUAUUUUCUUUAGUGGUGUUGAUAGGCGGCGAUUUGGUUUAUUGGAUUCUUAUGUCCAAUUUCAUGUAUAAUUUAGUAUAUUUCUUGCACGGGUCUCUUGCUGGACUAGGGGACGAACAAAAUGAAGAAAACGUUUUAUGCUACAAAAAUGUUCUCUUGAGUUUGAAUAGUUCUGUAUACACACAAGAUGUACCUCUCCAAGAUACUUUAAUUUUCGACAAAAUCUGGAGCCUGUACAGAACAGUACCAGUUUUUUUGGCAGUCCUAAUAUUUCCGCUCCUCAAUUUUAAAAGUCCAACAUUCUUCACGAAAUUCAAUAGUCUUGGAACAAUAUCCGUUGCAUACCUAUUGAUUUUCGUACUGGUCAAAUCGAUUAUUUGGGGAAUACACAUACCAAACUGGCCAACCGAAUUUGACAUAAAACCGACGUUCUGUAUACUCAGUGGAAUGCUGUCAAUGAGCUACUUCAUACAUAGCAUAGUCAUUUCGAUUAUGAGGCACAACAAACACCAAGAGAAUAAUGGUAGAGACCUCACCAUUGCCUUCUUCCUGGUGUUUUUCACAUAUGUUUUCAUAGGGGGGGUUUUUUUCUCUACCUUCCCCCUCGCCAAAAAUUGUAUCGAAGAUAACCUGCUCAACAAUUUUCCCAAGUGGGACAUGAUGUCCAUCAUCGCAAGAGUAUUAUUAUUUUUCCAGUUGUUUACAGUAUUUCCGCUCAUCACUUUCAUGCUGAGAGCGGACAUCUUAAGUUGUAUUGACAUGGUUUUCAAAAACAAAGAUUUCGGAAAAUUUUCUUACCUGAAGACAAUCAUCAUCAACUGCGUUAUAGUGUUUACCUGUAUCAUGUUUGCCUGCUUCUUGCCUAGGAUAGGAACCCUAAUAAGAUUCACAGGAGCUUUGAGCGGCAUGGUUUAUAUAUUUCUAAUGCCCGGUUUAUUGAAUAUCGCAUCUCUCAAAAAAGAAGGAGCGUUGACAACGAUGAAAUUAGUGCUGAAUGUAGCUUUAAUAGGCUUAGGAGUCUUAAAUCUUUCUUCGCAAUUUUUCAUGUCUGAAUGAAGUUUUUGUGAAAAUAUCACUAAUUUACGAAAUGUCCAUUUUUGUAAUUUCGAAUCAUUUCAUAGAUUUUCAAUAUUUUUUGUCUAUAUUUUGUGAUACUAUUAUUUAUGAGUGAAUAAAAAUAUGUUAUAAUAUUCGA